AUGGGACAAACUGGAGCCCUCCUAAAAGAUACCUUCAUCAUAACCAUGCCACCGUUUGAUGACCUCCAAGUUCUUGUAAAUUUUAAUUUUUGAGAAUUAUCCAACGGUGUAGAUUCAAGGCUGAAGCAAAGUUUAAGUAGACCCCACAUAAACAGUAUUUAAUUUGUCGAAAGUUCAGCUGUGUCCGGACCAUAGGAAGACCCAAGGAGGAAGGACAGACGUGGGGAAAUAAAGAGGGAAAAACAUGGAGAAAGCAAAGUGAGAGAGAGAGAGAGAGAAAGAGUCUUUGUUUUUUUUUUCUUUUGAAAUCCAACCGCUCUAAUUGUCGAAUUCAUUUGCACCAAAUCCCACAAAUUUAAAAACCCAUAUCCGAAAACCUUCUCUCGUCAAUACCCAGAUCUAGUUUUCUCAGAAUUCGAUCAAAUUCUUCCAUAUUUGAUCUUCUUCCUCUGUUUUCUUCAUGGUGUUCUUUUUUUUCUUAUACAAAAUCAUUCCUCUCUGUUCAAGGCCAAGACUUUGUCUGUGUUUCACUAGCUCCUUAAUCCAUCAUCUCUCUUUCGGGAAGAAAUUCAACCAUGGGAAUUCAGAAAGACAGGGUGAGAUUCAACGUCGGAGGCAGAAUCUUCGAAACGACAUCGACGACGCUCGCAAACGCCGGCCGUAACUCCGUCUUCGGAGCGAUGUUCGACGAGAACUGGAACCUCCAAAAAUUCACCAACUCCUCCUCCGAUGAAUACUACUUCAUUGAUCGGAACCCAGAUUGCUUCGCGGUCCUCCUCGAUCUCCUCCGAACCCAAGAGCUGUAUCUUCCAUCCAACGUCCCCGAAAAGCUUCUCUACAGAGAAGCCCUCUAUUACGGUCUCCUCGACCAUGUUCGCUCUGCGAAAUGGGGUCAAUUCGAUGGCAACAGACUGAGACUCUCGAGGUCCGUAACGGGUCAAGCCCCUGGUGACGGUACGGCAAUUCGAGCCGGCCCAGAUGGUGGUUGCUGUGUUGCCCAUGGUAGUAUGGUCCAUGUGUAUGAUUGGAUGCUAGAAGAGCACCCACCAAUCAAUCUUGAUUACCAGAGGGUAAACGAUGUUGGUUGGAUUGAUUCUGAGAAUGUUGUGGUAAGUGUUUGUGAGAGAUUGGGCCGUGGUGAAGGAGGUAUGGGUCUGUUCAGCUCAUCAACUGGGGACCUCAGGUACAGAUUCCAUGUCAGCCAUGAUAAUCAAGACAAGAGCUUCACUGCUGGGGCCUUGAGUUUCAGCUCGGACUAUAAGAUAUUUUCGAGUUGUAAAGGUAGGAGCAAUGAGUAUGGGAUUGGAGUUUGGGACCAAGUGACUGGGAAGCAGAUUGAUUUUUUCUAUGAACCUCUUGGUUGGUCACUUGGUGAUGCUGAUAAGCUUCAAUGGUUGGAUGGUAGCAACUGUUUAUUGGUUGCAACUUUGUUUCCUAGGAAAGACAACUGUUAUAUUAGUCUGUUGGAUUUCAGGGAAAAAAAUAUGGUUUGGUCUUGGUCUGAUAAUGGGGCUCCCAUAACAGUGGAUGAGAAGAGGGUUAGAGAUGCAAUCGCAAUGGAGGAGAGCAGCUCAAUCUAUGUGGUGAAUGAGUAUGAGGAUUUGGGUUUCAUUGAUCUGCGGAUUAAUGGUGGGAGUAUUAGGUGGAGCUCAAGAAGCAGGCUGAUGAAGGGGUCGAUGCCUGAUGAGCCAUGUUAUCCAAAACUGGCUUUGCAUGAGGGACAGCUAUUUUCAUCCAUGAAUGAUUCAAUUUCUGUGUUCUGUGGACCUGACUGGGUUUUGACUUCUAGGCUUAGACGAAGCUAUGGAGGUUCAAUUUGUGAUUUUUCCAUUGGUGGGGAUCGGCUUUUUGCUCUUCACAGUGAGGAAAAUGUGUUUGAUAUAUGGGAAACUCUAUCUCCACCAAUUAUAUGAAUUUUUCCUUUUUUUUUUUUUUUUUUUUUGGGCUUAGAGAGUGUUUUUGUCGUGGAUGAGUUUCAUUGGCCUUUCACAUACAUGGUUUUUUGCCAUAUACUUUUUAGAUUGUAUAAGAUGAAAGUGCAGAAAAAAAAUACUAUGUAGACUAGAAAUACUCGAAGAGAGAUUCUUGAGUUCUGAGCUUGUGCAUAGAAUCUGCUCACUACCAAAGAGAAGUGAUCUUUUUAACUAUAUUAUAUACCUGAUGUUAUAGAUACCUAAAGUUUUUGGAUAA